UGCAGGAAUACAGAGCUCUGUAAUGGAGCAGGAGUGAAGGUUGUGGUGACCGACCUUGAUAAGAGCAAUAGAACUGAUUUCAGGCUCAGUGCUCGGGCCUUCGCUGCUAUGGCGCGGCCGGGGAUGUUCGCCGGACUGCAGACAGUUGGGAUAGUCGAUGCAGAAUACAAAAGGAUUCCGUGCGACUAUUCAAACAAGAACCUAUCCAUAAGAGUGGAGGAGAGCAGCCGGAGGCCCAGUUUAUUAACGGUCAAACUUAUCUACCAAGGUGGACAAACUGACGUCGUGGCAGUCGACGUGGCGCGGUUCGGUUCGCCAGCAUGGCAGUUCAUGACCCGGCUCAACGGCCCGGUCUGGACCACCAGGCAAGCACCGGGCGGCCCGCUUCAGUUCCGGUUCGUGGUGACGGGUGGGUACGACGGCAAGUGGGUGUGGGCCCAACAGGAGGUGUUGCCGGCUGAGUGGCGGUCCGGCGAGGUGUACGAUACGGGAGUUCAGAUCACCGAUAUAGCGCAGGAGGGCUGUUCUCCUUGUGACACGGAGGAAUGGCGGUGAAAAUAACGGUGGUGGGUUUUUGUUCCUUUUUUACGCCUAAAUAAGAAAGGAAACCAUAUAAUGUAAAAGAUCAGAAGGUUAUAAUUGUAAGUAUAUGG